AUGGUGAUGACCAGUCUGCCUGACACAGUGGUGGUGGAUAAACAUCAGAAGACAGCGACCAAACUGCUGUUGAUGGAGAACAUAACCGUGGUAGUUCCUCUCAAACAGCCCAUCACGUUCGUGCUGGAGGGCUUCUAUGUACCACCAGGAUACGGUUCACUCCUCUUUUUCUUGGCUUUGUUGGACUUUGUGGUUGUCCUGCUGGGGAACGGAACAGUGAUGCUCAUCAUCAUCAUCGACAGGAGCCUACACAGACCCAUGUUCGUGAUGGUUUGGAACCUGGUGGCGUGUGACCUGCUGGGGGCCACAACAGUUGUACCUCAACUCAUGAUUCACUUCUUAACGGGAGAGAGGAGGAUCUCCUUCAGCCACGCCAUCGCCCAGGGCUUCUGUGUGCACACAUAUGGAAUUGCUGUACAGACUAUUCUGUGUGCGAUGGCCUAUGACAGGUACAUUGCUGUGUGUGAACCACUCAGGUAUCACUCCAUUAUGACGUCCGUUCGACUGAUCUUCAGCUGCGCUUUGGCCUGGUUUAUUGCUCUGCUCGGCACCGGUGUACUCUUUUAUUUUCAUAUAGACGUACCGUUAUGUGGAAACAUCAUCCAGCAUGUUUACUGCAGUAACCGGGCCAUCUUGAAUCUGGCCUGUGAACCAACCCCUGAGAACAACAUCUACGGCCUGUUCCUGAGCUGGACAGUGAAUACUACCAUCUUCAUCGUCAUUGCUUUUUCUUACAUUAAAAUCCUGCAAGCAUCAGUAACAAAAGGCAAAGCUGACAGCAGCAUCCGCAGCAAGGCCUUCCAGACAUGUGCAUCACACCUCAUUGUGUAUGUUCUGUAUAAACUUGGUGUCGUAAUUAUAGUGCUGAGUCAUCGUUUUCCCUCCAUGUCCCAAAACAUCAAGAAGUUCUGCAGUAUCCUGAUUGUUAUCAUUCCACCAGCGGUCAACCCCAUUAUCUAUGGACUGGUCAUAACAGAGCUACGUAAAAGCAUCAUCAAGUUAUUCAGACUAAAAACCAAACUGCUGUUGAUGGAGAACAUAACCGUGGUAGCUCCUCUCAAACAGCCCAUCACGUUCGUGCUGGAGGGCUUCUAUGUACCACCAGGAUACGGUUCACUCCUCUUCUUCUUGGCUUUGUUGGACUUUGUGGUUGUGCUGCUGGGGAACGGCAUGGUGAUGCUCAUCAUCAUUAUCGAAAGGAGCCUGCACAGACCCAUGUUUGUGAUGGUUUGGAACCUGGCGGCGUGUGACCUGCUGGGGGUCAUAGCAGUUAUACCUCGAUUUAUGAUUCACUUCUUGACAGGGCAGAGGAGGAUCGCCUACGGCCACGCCAUCGCCCAGGCCUUCUGUGUGCACACAUAUGGAGCUGCAGUACAGACUAUUCUGUGUGCGAUGGCCUAUGACAGGUACAUCGCUGUGUGUGAACCGCUCAGGUAUCACUCCAUUAUGACGUCCACUCGACUGAUCUUCAGCUGCGCUUUGGCCUGGUUUAUUGCUCUGCUCUGCAUUGGUGUACUCUUUUAUUUUCAUAUAAAUGUACCAUUAUGUGGAAACGUCCUCCAGCAUAUUUACUGCAGUAACCGUGCCAUCUUGAAACUGGCCUGUGGACCCACCACUUUGAACAACAUCUACGGCCUGUCCAUGAGCUGGUCACUGAGCACGAGUGUCUUCAUCGUUAUUGCUUUUUCUUACAUUAAAAUCCUGCAAGCAACAGUAACAAAGGGCAAAGCUGACAGCAGCAUCCGCAGCAAGGCCUUCCAGACAUGUGCAUCACACCUUGUUGUGUAUGUUCUGUUUGAAAUUGCUUCAGCAAUUAUAGUGUUGAGUCAUCGUUUUCCCUCCAUGUCCCAAAACAUCAAGAAGUUCCUCAGUAUCUUGACUGUAAUCAUUCCACCAGCGGUCAACCCCAUUAUCUAUGGACUGGUCAUAACAGAGCUACGUAAAAGCAUCAUCAAGUUAUUCAGACUAACAGUGAGGCAAAUCUAA